UGUCCCCCCGCAGCCGGGUCCUGCCGAGGGGAAGGGCGGCGGGAAGGCCAACAUGCUGCGGGGCCGGAAUUCGGCCACCUCCGCCGACGAGCAGCCCCACAUCGGCAACUACCGCCUCCUCAAAACCAUCGGCAAGGGCAACUUCGCCAAGGUCAAGCUGGCACGACACGUCCUGACCGGCAAGGAGGUCGCCGUGAAAAUCAUUGACAAGACGCAGCUCAACUCCUCCAGCCUGCAGAAGGGUGCUGGGCUGCAGAUAGUGUCGGCCGUGCAGUACUGCCACCAGAAGUUCAUUGUCCACAGGGACCUGAAGGCGGAAAACCUCCUGCUGGACGCCGACAUGAACAUCAAAAUCGCCGAUUUUGGGUUCAGCAACGAAUUCACCUUCGGGAACAAAUUGGACACUUUUUGCGGGUCCCCCCCCUACGCCGCCCCCGAACUCUUCCAGGGGAAAAAAUACGACGGCCCCGAAGUCGACGUCUGGAGUUUGGGCGUCAUCCUCUACACCCUGGUCAGCGGUUCCUUGCCCUUCGAUGGGCAAAAUCUGAAGGAGUUGCGGGAGCGGGUGCUGCGGGGGAAAUACCGCAUCCCUUUUUACAUGUCCACCGACUGCGAAAACCUGCUCAAGAAGUUCCUCAUCCUUAAUCCCACCAAAAGGGGCACCUUGGAGCAAAUCAUGAAGGACCGUUGGAUGAACGUGGGUCACGAGGACGACGAGCUGAAGCCCUACAUGGAGCCCGUGCCAGACUACAAGGACCCUCGGAGGACAGGGUGGUCUUGGCCACCCCAAGAGCGCCCCAAGACCACCAAUGUGGUCCCGGACCCCCCCCAGAAUGGUCCUGGACACCUCAUGGGACCACCCAGGGACCCCCAUGGGGUGCCCAGCCAGGUGCCGGCGGCGUCCCCCUCUGCCCACAACAUCAGCCAGGGCCCCGGGGUGCCAGUGGGUCACCAUGGGGUGCCCAGCCAGGUGCCGGCGGCGUCCCCCUCUGCCCACAACAUCAGCCAGGGCCCCGGGGUGCCAGUGGGUCACCACGGGGUGCCCAGCCAGGUGCCGGCGGCGUCCCCCUCUGCCCACAACGUCAGCCAGGGCCCCGGGGUGCCAGUGGGUCACCACGGGGUGCCCAGCCAGGUGCCGGCGGCGUCCCCCUCUGCCCACAACGUCAGCCAGGGCCCCGGGGUGCCAGUGGGUCACCACCAGGGCCGCCGCGGCCCCUCCGCCAGCCUCUUCAGCAAGUUCACCUCCAAGUUCGUCCGCAGCGGGGUGCCCAGCCAGGUGCCGGCGGCGUCCCCCUCUGCCCACAACGUCAGCCAGGGCCCCGGGGUGCCAGUGGGUCACCACGGGGUGCCCAGCCGGGUGCCGGCGGCGUCCCCCUCUGCCCACAACGUCAGCCAGGGCCCCGGGGAGCGCCCCAGUUUCCCCCGGGGGGUCUCCAGCCGCAGCACCUUCCACGCGGGGCAGCUCCGUGGGGUGCCCAGCCAGGUGCCGGCGGCGUCCCCCUCUGCCCACAACAUCAGCCAGGGCCCCGGGGUGCCAGUGGGUCACCACGGGGUGCCCAGCCAGGUGCCGGCGGCGUCCCCCUCUGCCCACAACGUCAGCCAGGGCCCCGGGGUGCCAGUGGGUCACCACGGGGUGCCCAGCCAGGUGCCGGCGGCGUCCCCCUCUGCCCACAACGUCAGCCAGGGCCCCGGGGAGCGCCCCAGUUUCCCCCGGGGGGUCUCCAGCCGCAGCACCUUCCACGCGGGGCAGCUCCGGCAGGCCAGGGACCAGGCCCCCCUGCCCUCCGCCCUGCCCCCCGGCCUGCCCCCCCCCGCCUCCCCCUCGGGUGCCAGCCAGGGCCGCCGCGGCCCCUCCGCCAGCCUCUUCAGCAAGUUCACCUCCAAGUUCGUCCGCAGUCCCACCAUGGUGCUCCUGGUGCCAUCCAUGAGGUCCCUAUCACACCCCCAACCUCCAUACUCCUUCCACCCCACCCAGCCCCACCACGCUCCUCCCUCUGCCACCCCCUCGAUGACCCACAUCCCCCAUCUCACGUCCCUCAGACCAGCGGUGGGGCCGGAGAAGGACCCUCGGGAAGGCGGCGGUGGAGGAGGAGGAGGAGGAGGUGGAGGAGGAGGCCGAGAAGCUAAACCUCGAUCUUUACGUUUCACCUGGAGCAUGAAGACCACGAGCUCUUUGGAACCCGGGGAGAUGUUGAGGGAGAUCCGGAAGGUUCUGGACGCCAACAGUUGUCGUUGCGAACCCCAAGAAAGGUUCGUCCUUCUCUGCGCCCACGGAGCUCCCGGCCACGAUUCCUUCGUCCAAUGGGAGAUGGAGGUUUGCAAACUCCCCAGGUUGUCCCUCAACGGCGUCCGCUUCAAACGCAUCGCCGGCACCUCCAUGGCCUUCAAGAACAUCGCCUCCAAGGUGGCCAACGAGCUCAAGCUCUGAGCCACCAGGAGGGAGGG